GACGAGACAACAACCAGACCUUGAAACGAAGACUGGGCAAGUUAGUAAAUGAACAACAAGACAACUGGGAUGAAGACCUGGAAGCAAUUCUAUUCGGCAUUCGUUCCAGCAUUUCACAGGCAACAAAAUUCACUCCUUUCUUCCUGAUGUUUUGCAGAGAAGCCAGGCAGAUUUCAGACAUGGUAUUUGCUGAUACAGAAUGUGCUGCAACCAUGCCUCAAAGAGCUACAGAAAAGCAAGUACAAGAACGGAUGGAGUUUUGCCAACAGAUAGGGCAACACGUUAAAGUGAACAUCGAAAGAGCACAGGCAAAAAUGAAGAAGACUUAUGAAGCCAGGGUGUCCAAAGGUACAAAGUGUUUUACAUUUAAAGUGGGUGAUGUUGUCCUUGUCAAGAACCAAAGAAGAGCUGGAAGAAAAGGUGGAAAACUGGAACCAGAUUGGAAAGGACCCUACACCAUCACAGAAAUAAGUGAAAGUUAUGCCUAUGUACAAAAUUCACAAGGAAAACCGCUGGCCAAUAAAGUGUCUCGUGAACACCUCAAGCCUUUUGUAAACAGUGCGAUUCCAGUCCAAAUGUUGACACCUUCAGUUCCCUCCAAAGAAGACUCUCCAACAACAGUAGUUGAAGAUCCCACUGAAUUGUCAAUAUUGCAUGAAACACUUCCUGCAACCCGUACUGUGCCGUUUGGUCUAACAGCAAGUAGAAAAAGAAGAAUAAACAGUGGAGGGAGUUCUCGUGUCAAAAGGUUAAGGCCAUUAGAGAAGACAACCCUUGUGAAAUACUUACCACCUACUGUCUACACGACAUUUCUGCAACCCAAUUACUGUCUGAAUGAUGAAACAAUUGACUAUGCACAAGGACUGCUAUCAACUCAGUUUCCUAACAUUGAAGGUUUCCAGGCAACUGUAGCUCUUGCUGGUAGUUCAGUGGGUGGUUACAUUCCUACCGCUACUGAUAAAUUCGUUCAAAUUGUUCAUAUCAAUGGCAAUCAUUGA